GACUCCCAUCUGCAGUCCAACCUGACAGGGACACACUAGCUCUAUGGAAGUAACUAGAUCAAUGUUAGCAAGGUAACACUAAUGAAUGUUCCUUCUGUUGGACGUUUUUCCCUAUUACUAACUUAACAUGGGCAAAAGAGACAAUCGAGUGGCUUAUAUUAACCCUAUCGCUGCUGCAAGAGCCAGAGGCCCAGUCCAGAACUCUGGACCAACCAUACAGGAUUAUUUAAGCAGGCCUCGACCAACAUGGGAAGAGGUAAAGGAGCAGCUGGAGAAAAAGAAGAAGGGCUCUCGGGCCCUGGCUGACUUUGAGGACAAAAUGAAUGAGAAAUGGAGGAAAGAACUGGCAAAAAACAGAGAAAAAUUAUUAGGUGGAAGUGACAAGGACAAAGAGAAAGACAAGAAGGCAGUAGAUAAGGAGAAGGAAAAAGAGGAGAAGGACAAAAAAGAGAAAAAGAAGAAAGAGAGGAAGAAAUCCAACAGGCAUUCUUCAUCUUCCUCCUCCUCAUCGAGUUCUGAUUCCUUCAGCAGUUCCUCCUCCGAAUCUGAAGAUGAGGAAGAGAAGAAGAGUGUCAAGAAGAAACGGAAAAGGAAAAAGUCUUCGGGCAAGAGGGCAUCAGACAGCUCCGAUGUAGAGUCGGAUGCUGAAAGCAAGACUAUUAUGGUUUUGGUUCACGAGAAGAAAAAGAAAAGAAUCAAAGAAGAAGGUGAUAAAGAAAAGGACGAGAAGAACCGAAGAAGAAAAAGGAAGGCAGAGCGCGGUUACAGAGACUCGUCUUCAGAUUCUUCUGCAGACUCCGACGGGGAAGAGGUAGCUGAGGCCAAGAAAAAAAAAAGUAGCGACGACAAGGAGAAAAUUACAGAUAAAUCCAAGAAGAAGAGGAAAAAGAAGCACAAGAAACACGGUAGAAAAAAGAAAAAGAAGGCUGCAUCUCAGUCGGACUCGGAGCUCGACUAACAAAUGCAGACCGCUCCUCCUCAUCCUCCUCUGACCGUUGGCUUGUAGUGUUAUUUUUGCCUUCGACUACCAAAAAACUUCUCCCAUCCAGCUUUGGUUAUCACUUAAACAAGGAGACACACACACGUCCUGUAAGGCUGGGCUUAUAGGAGUGAAGUGGAGAUGAGGUCCACACGUCCCUCAGCUGGUACAUAUCUUUUGUUUACUUUGACCACCUUGGUUUUUGUAGACCAUGGUUCUUAAAGUUCCACUCAACAGACUGAAGUGAAUUGUUUUUUUGUUUUUUUUUCCCCCACCCUCUGGUCGGGGAUUUCAGCUCGACUGGCACAUCCUGUCACCUUCAGUUUGGUGACCGUUGAGGAGUUUCCUCUUAUCUGCUUCGUACCUGACAUCUUGCAUUUCUAGUUGCUAUAGACGAGGCCGUUCCUCUAGUGCCUGUGUCAUGCAUGUAGACCCCAUGACCUGUCUCACCAGCCUCAUAUUGAAGUUGGACUUGUGAUAAGAAACGCCAACUACAGUCAACACUUAAACAGGGGAUACUUCUUCCAGUAGAUGAGUUGUGACACUGCAAUGUAAAUGUAUGAACAGUGGGAAUUCAUUAAUAAAGUAUUGUUUUAGGCUCA